AUGGACGCAUGCGCGUCGUUCUUUUUGGCUGGCCAGUCCGCGUCAGAGAACAACAACAGCGCCUCGUCGUGGGCGUUCGACAAGGCGCUCGGAGACGGCACCGUACCGGAGGGAGCGGGCGUGAAGCUCCGCAACAGCCGCGAGAGCUCCAGUGAUCAGUCGAUUGCACACGCGAUCGAGUGGCUCCGCCGAGCCGUGAUGGUCCUCGAGAGGUGCAGCGGCAGCGUGGCCAAGGAGCUCGGCGCUCGGACAUUGCGCAAGCUCGCGCGUGCCUACCUCGCUGCCGGCGAGCUGGACCGUGCCCAGACGACGCUCGACGAGCUUGUGAAGCUGCAGAAGCAGCUCGGCAUUCGCGCUGUAGACCCAGCCGUGCAUUUCUUGCGCCUCGAGAUCUUGCGCACGCGCGAGAAUGUGAGCGAUGCUGAGCUCGUCUCAGCGGCCCGUGCUGCUUUUGAGUCGAUGGUCUGGAUCGAGAGUGAAGUGGACCGCCGUGAGCGCUCGAUGGAUCAGCACGACCCAGGCGCCCAGAAGCUCACGGCCCUGUCCAGCGUGCUCGCACAGCUGUGCAAGCAUUGCCUGUCGGCUGCGCUCGUCUCCGGACGAGAGUUCGCGGGCCGCAUCGCCUUGGCGUUCAUGAUCCUGAUGAAGGAGGUCGCGGACAUCACGCCGGCGCGCGAGAUGCUCGACGCACUGGCAUCUGCGCAUUGCGAGCUGACGGACGAGUCCGCGUUCGCCAUCGCGAUGAUGGCUUGGCGUCAUGGCGACAAGCUGAGCAAGCGUGUGCCGCCUCGUCUGCUCGAUGCAGGCUGCUUCUACGCACUAGCGACGCACAACGUGCUGCUAGGCAUUCCGAUCAACGUCGCCCGCAGCAUUCGCUGCCGCGAUGAUGCGGCCAACUGGUUCCUCUACUUCGUCAUCGCGAUCCGCCAGACGGAUGAGGCAGAGGCGCUUCGUGCGCUCGAGGGACUCGUCGGCGCGCCCAACUUCCACAAUCGCAUGCUUCCCGUGAUCGUUCAAGAAGCGCAAGGCGCCGGCUUCCACACGCUGUUGGCCCGCGCCCUUGCGCAGACCGCUGAGCGCGCCGACAGCGACGAGGACUUCGCUCGAGACGUCGACCGCGCCACUCUGAGCCGCUCGAUGCUGAAGCUGUACCUGCCUGCGGAGGGAGAGUCGCUCGACAAGGACGCGACCGACGAUCGCAUGCGCAAGGAGGCAGAGUGGGCCGCCAAGGCUGUGUACAACGCGACGCUCGCAUCGGUCCAGUCGCUCGACAACACGCACCGGCUGGCUCUCUUCGAUGCCUGCUUGCAGCUUCUCGACACGUACGCCAAGUUCGAGCGCGAUCCGGAAGCCACGCCUCUUGGCACUGUGCGCAUCAUGGCUGCCGUCACGGCGCUCGUUGGUGCAGCGCAUCUGGCGCGCGAGGAGACGGCAAGCGGCGAAGCGGCGUGGCAGGACAUUUUGCGCCGCUGCGCAAUGAGCGACAAGUACUUGGCUCUCGCUCGCGACACAGGCGAGGCGAUCCCGUCUCUGUCGGAGAUUCAGCUCGCCAUCCUCGUGUUCCGCUUCGAGGCAUGCGUCGCGCUGCAUUCGUGGACUGCGGUUGAGCAGCUCAUCCAGUCCACUGCCGUGCAGCCGCCGACAGAGGUGCUAGAGGCGUGGAUGGAGAUUCUGUGGGGCGAGGCGAGCGCGCCCGUCGCCCUCGUCUCGCAGACGCUGCAGAAGAUUGUCGAGUUCAUGUGGCAGGAGGACGGCGGACCUGACGUCAAGCGCCUCUCGCGCUGGCUGCGCGCGCUGCUGCAGCUGAGCCUCGACGAGAACGAGCCGGUGGCCGUGGUGCGCAGCCACUUUGAGCGUGCUCUGCUCGUCGCGUCGAUGGCAAAGGACAGCGAGUCGGACAAGCAGCAAAUGCCCAACGAGGAGCUGCAGUGGCUGCUGGCCAAGGCGUGGGCGCAGGGCGUCGCUCUGCAGCACACGGGCGAUGCGGCCGAGGGCCGCUUCUUCUUCUUCGCCGCCAUCACGUUCUGCGAGCGCAUGGCCGGCGAGGCGUCGCGUGCCAUGUGCAGCCAGCUGCUCACCGAGUACAAGUGA